UUGUAACCCGGUACAAAGGAUAUAUAUCUUGUAGAACGAAUAUAGUGAUCAACCCCGACAUUUGCAGUCCAGAACAAGGCCCGACGAGCGGAGUCCCGGUGUUAUACAAGAAGAUGGCGUAAAGACAAUGGAUACAUUCACAUAUAAUCAUAGUCAUAACCAUCGGGUGUAUUUUCUGAUGGGGACGAAAUGAUAUAUAGUGGAUGCCUUUAAUCCAUAGAUUGUUGAAAAUGGUGAUUUUGACGAAUGCGGAAGUACACCGGUUAUUAUCGACACUUGACUUGGAUACGUCUUUUAAGUUCCAAGUGGAAUGGAAUGUAUUCCAGCUUCACUCCCCACCUCGGCGAAAUUUAUAGCCGUUUGCUAUGCUUUCAUCUGUAUUUUUCAUUUAGGAACAUGUACAUACUCGUGCCCGGAUGACCAGAAAGCUUAUAAAAGGCGAGAAUAUCUCGCGUCUGUGAACUUUCCUAACAUGUACAAACCAAAUCAAGAUUGCGAGUGGAGGGUGUCGUCGUCGUCUUCUAACAAAAAGAUAGAAAUUAAGAUGAUUGAUAUGGAUAUUGAAUAUGACGAUACUUGUGAGCUCGACUAUCUGGAAAUAUAUGAUGGUUACGACGACGAUAGUCCAUCAUUUGGAAGGUUUUGUGGGACGGAGACAUUCUCGAUAAUAGGAAGUGGGAUACACUUAUACUUUCAUUUCCAUACGGACAGCAAUAUUAAUGGACAGGGAUUCAAAUUUGAAUUCAAAACCGUUAGUUUUACUACAGUGAGCAGUAGUUAUCCGCCUCCUAUAGGCUGGGAUAGGGAUGAAAAACCCAAGGACAAAGAAGAAAAGGAUGAAUCGUUUGGUGGUGCUAAACUGUCAACAUUAGUUGGUGGUGUUUUGGGUGGUUUGUGUAUAUUAGUAGUUAUAAUAGCUGUGUGCUGUAUGUGCUCGACACGGAUAUGUCGACAGUGCAGCCUUAGUAACAAUGGAAGGCAGCGGACGUCGGUGUCGCCUCACUCUAGUGAUACAGAAACCCGUCGACGGAAUCGAACGCGUCGCCAUUCUCCUCCUCAAGUGUCGCCAUAUAUACCACGACGCGGAAAUACUAAUAGUCAAAUCUGGAGUCCGGAACAGAGUUUUCCGAUGGUGCCUAUUAACCCACCGCCCUAUAGGGAAACGGAGAAUCAGCCUGUGUAUUUAGUCCAAGGAGUUCCCGGAUAUAAUUCAUACAGUGCUCCGUCUUCACCGCCUCCGACGUAUUCUUGUGGGCUUAGUUCGGAUUCCAAUCCCCCAGCAUAUGAUGAUGACAGAAAUUCACCACCUAACUAUGUACCCUAUGAUGAAAGCCCUCCACGAUACUAAGAAAACACUCAAUUUGCAUUCUUAAUUCUCCAUCUGAUCUCAGACAUGCAUGACUUGAUCAAGCAUUGAGUUUAAUAUUGAAAACGUACACAUUUUUGCGAUAACCUUAUCUUACCAAUUUUCACGCUGUAAGCAUGCCGCUGAAUUAUAGUUGCACUAUUUAUAGUUUAUCGACAUUUGUUUCUAUGACAAUCAUUUUGCUGUGCUAUUUCAUCAUUCUGCGCGUCAAAUUAAGUCCGUCGACAGUAUAUAAUAAAUUAUCAAUGUCAUUUUAUUUGCUUACACGAUGCAGAGAAAAAUAUGGAUUUUUUCUAUGGAUGCAAUAUAAAUAUGUUUAUGUUGUUGAUAUUUAUUCGGAUAUAUUUAUUAUGUUAAAAAUAUCAUUUUCUCUUGUGAUAUGAUUUUAGUACUAUAUUUAUUGAUAUGAGUGUUUGGAUUGGAAUUUAGUGUUCUAAUCUUAAACAUGCGUUUUGAACAUCAUGAUACAAUUACUAAAAAAAAUUUAUUUCUGCAUCAAUAUUUUUGCAUUUUAGUAGCAAAACGUGGUACGUAAGUGUAUUAUUUUUCUAGUAAUUUGAAGUCACUUACUUUGAAAUUUGUUUCGAAACAAACACAGAUUUUUUGUUUUUUGUUUUCAAUUAAUUCAUCUACAUGAUUAUUUAAUAAUAUCAUCUUAAUUCCUUGUGACGCUCACACAUUACUAACUGAAAAUGAAAAAAACAACAACAAAAAAACCAACAAAAACAAACAUAUAAUUUAUAAUUCAUUUUAAUAUCCAUAACAUUUUCAUAUAAAUAGAUUAUACAACACGUGGAUGUUGUGUGAAAUUGCAUUAUUCUAUUGUUCAAGACACAAUGUUGAAUAAUUUUUAGUUAUUUCCAAAGGAAAGUUUUGUACAUAUAUAAAUAUGCUUGCAGCGUUUUUGUGUGAUACAUGAAUAUCAAGAGUGUGCUUUUGAGAAACGUUAAAUAUUAUUAUCAUUUUCUUUUUAAGUUCAAAUAAUCGAUGUCUGAGCAGUAAAUUGAGCGAUUUUUUUUCUUCUCUUUUUUGAUUUUUUUUUUGGUGGAAAUGGUAAAAUAUAGAUUAUUGUCUAAAUCUUUGAAAAUAAUGAAAACUUUAACAACCUAUGAAAUAGCAAUCGUUAUAUUAAAGAGCAAUCAGUGUUUUUUCAAGUAAUAUUAUGUAUUACUACAUUGCAAUCCUUGACUACAAUUUUUUGUUGACAAAAAGUGUUUUAUAUUAUAAUACAUUCUAAGUAUGCUCAUUUUAUCAAAUCAUUUAAAACAAAAAGGUGCGUGUAAUUCAAGGGUUGUACUAAAAUAUAAGAUACAAGCACCGUUCUUAAUAAACUUAGAUACGGUAGAGCCGAAAUGACUUAUUCUGCAUAACGCAACUGGUUCGUCAAUCUAGGACUUGUCAGUGAUGCUAAACUCAUGCCUUAAGUGAAGACAUGGUUUAUGUUCGUAUUUGUCAAAAUGUAUAAAGAGAUACCAUACAUAUAUAUAAUAUAUAUAUAUAUAAUCAUGAUCAUAAUCAUAAGUGUGUAAAUUGUAUUUCCGUUAAAUAUUAUAAAAUGUUAUGAGGAAAAUGUACAUUUCAUUUAAUGUGUCUUGUAUAUAUGAUUAAUAUAUAAGAUACAUAGAUUAAUAUGUAAGAUACCUACGUAUUUUCAUUUUGUAUAAUGAUUUAUUUGUUGUGUAAGAUUUAAAUGUUUUAUGGUAUUUUACAAUUAUCCAUUCCUAGACUGUGAUAUCUAUUUUGUUACACAUUUACAUGAUUAACUGCUGGACAGUAACUGUUAAUUUAAAUUGUUUCGUACACAACAUUACAAUUCAUUAAGAGCGGGAUUCGAAAUUGUUUGCAUCAAAUGCUAAACGAUUUCUACCCGGUAAGCCUUUGAUAAAUUAAAUAUCAAAGAUUAUGUUGAAA